AGUGAUGUACAAGGCAAGCCAUCACGAGGACCUGACGAACUUUGUCUUUGUUAAUAAUAUCUUCACACUUCACACUCACAUGACGCGAACACUCUACACAUCUCAACUUAAACACAACACAAUAUAUAGUAACAUUAUCAACUAUCUUCAUUUCCGUUGAAGAUGGGUCCGAAAUUGGCGAAAUCGGGGUCGUUUCGUCACGGUUUGGUGGAGAAGAAGGAGAGGCUUCUCUCGGCGAAGAGUGUUGGUGAAAUUGGCAUGCGAGAAGAAGAGCAAUGGAGGACGGUGAAGUGGUGGAACAAGUUGAAGCGCGUGGCUGAGAAGGCAUGGGAAAUGGGUCGUUCUGAUCCAAGGAAGAUUAUUUUUUCUGCCAAAAUGGGUCUUGCUUUGACACUUAUUUCACUUCUCAUUUUCCUCAAAGAACCCUUCAAGGAUAUGAGCAGAUACUCUGUCUGGGCCAUUCUAACUGUCGUCGUAGUCUUUGAAUUCACCAUAGGGGCAACUCUGAGCAAGGGGUUUAACAGAGGGUUGGGAACUUUGUCGGCUGGAGGACUUGCUCUGGGGAUGGCAGAGUUAUCAGCAUUGGCCGGGGAAUGGGAGGAACUUAUAAUUAUUAUAAGCAUAUUCAUUGUAGGAUUUUCUGCCACCUAUGCAAAACUAUACCCUACUUUGAAGCCUUAUGAAUAUGGUUUCCGUGUGUUCUUGAUCACGUAUUGUUUCAUCACUGUAUCCGGGUAUCGAACUGGGGAAUUUGUUGAUACGGCUAUAAAUAGGUUUUUUCUCAUUGCACUUGGUGCUGCUGUAUCUUUGGGAGUAAAUAUCUGCAUAUUCCCAAUUUGGGCUGGUGAGGAUCUGCAUAAUCUUGUUACCAAAAAUUUCAUGGGUGUUGCAACAUCUUUGGAAGGUGUUGUGAAUCACUACCUUCAUUGUGUUGAAUAUAAGAAGGUUCCAUCUAAAAUUCUUACGUACCAAGCUUCUGAUGACCCGGUUUACAGUGGCUACAGAUCGGUUGUUGAAUCUACAAGUAAAGAAGAUUCAUUGAUGGGAUUUGCUGUCUGGGAACCACCACAUGGCAAUUACAAAAUGCUGAAGUAUCCAUGGAAGAAUUAUGUGAAAUUAAGUGGGGCUCUAAGGCAUUGCGCAUUUAUGGUCAUGGCUAUGCAUGGAUGCAUACUUUCUGAAAUACAGGCACCAGCUGAGAAGAGACAAGUUUUCCGCAGUGAGCUUCAGAGGGUAGGUUCUGAAGGCGCAAAAGUGUUGCGUGAACUCGGAAAGAAAGUUAAACAAAUGGAGAAACUGGAUCGGGGAGACUUGCUGUAUGAAGUGCACGAGGCAGCCGAGGAAUUGCAACAAAAGAUUGAUAAAAAGUCUUACCUUCUUGUCAAUUCAGAGUGCUGGGAAAUUGGAAACCGCCCCAGAGAAGAGGAGAGUGAUCCUCAACAACAACAAGGCCUAUUUAACAUGGAUGCAGAAAGAAAAUUUCUUGAGUACAAGUCUCUUAGUGAAGCAGUACUUGAUCUCAGAACAGUUGAAGUUCCAAAUACUGGGGAAGGAAACAUAGCUCAAAGCAAUAACUCAAGCGUGCAUGCAACCAAUGCCUCUCAAAACAUGUUCAGGAGACAGAUAUCUUUGCCUUCUAAUAUUUACCACAAAUCAACUAACGUGCCCAAAGAGGGUCGUGAAUCAAAAACUUAUGAAAGUGCUAGUGCACUAUCUCUAACAACAUUUACGUCGCUUUUGAUUGAAUUUGUAGCAAGGCUUCAAAACCUGGUGGAUUCGUUUGAGGAAUUAGGUGAAAUAGCAAACUUUGGUGACCCACUUGAGGAACGAGCACCCGCAUCAUGUUGUGGGUUUUUGGACCAGGCUGUUUAACUGCUUCAAAUGCAAGGACUGAAACAUGGACUUGCUCAUUCAUGUCAAGCUUCAUCUUGCACAGUAGAAUCUGAAUUACUUUGGAGUGUUGCUAACUUCAAAUGUAGAUUGGUUGUAAUGGGGACCCUUUUUGGUAUCUAGGGAUGCGAGAGUUAAGAGACUCGCAUUUAUACGUACCUAGUUGAAAUUCUGAUGAAAAUUGCGAGAACAAUCUUUGCAAGCAGUUUUCAUAUCAAAUAAUUUAGUUUCGCGAUUAUACAUCCUAACGUGAUGUUA